ACACAACACAGGCUGUAACAGUGUAUAAACCCUCCUGUGCACUGUGACUACUCAGGUGCGCUCCCAGACUGUGUGGGGCGUCAAAUUACACUUCCUGGUUCGCAGGUAUCGGACACACCUGCCGAGGAAAGAGGACGUCAUUUGCUCACCGAAACUUGUAACGUUCGUAUCUUUUUUCACUGGAAAGAGUAAUAUGGACUGAAAAAAGUCUUAAAGGAAACAAAAAAAAAAAAAGGAAGCCUCGUCGAUUAAAGAAAGUUAAGGAAGACGUCUGGAAUAUUGUUUUUUAACCGAGCACGUCAAAGUGAAGACAGGAGACCUGAUGAUCACGAUCACGAUCACGAUCAUGCCUCCUCGGAUCUGGGUGUUCGUUCUGACCACGUCUCUGAUUCAGACUCUUGUCCUGGCCCAGAACCCUGUAGAACAGUGCACUAGCAAGUUCACAAAAGGAAAGGAAGACUUCGUUUUAGACACGGACGAGUCUGUGAAUGAAGGUGCCGAGUUCCUCGGAUCUCCUCCGCAGGUGUCCGGACCCAAAGAUUGUGUGUCGGCGUGCUGCAAAGAGCCCAAAUGUAACCUGGCUUUAAUGGAAAAUGGAGCUCAAGAAGGGUCCAUCAAGUCCUGCUUCCUCUUCAACUGUUUGUAUAAGCAGAAGAAAGCGUGCCGCUUUAUCCGAAAGAUGGGUUUCAGCAACUAUUUAUUGACCUCUGACUUUGCCAACUACUUGGAGAAAUAUGAUCCAGAAAAAAAGGAUCAUCCUCCGAGGGCAAUGGCAGGACAGGACAGAGUGGUGCAGCCUCAUGACGUUGUGAUCCUCAAUGGCGUUGAGUGUAAGGAUGAUGGUGAAAUUGUGGAUUACAAGUGGGAGCAGGUGUAUGGAAGCCACACUGUCCUCGAGAAAACCACUUUCAAAGAUGAAGUGAGAGUGUCUGGUCUGUCUGCUGGAGUGUAUAAGUUCAGGCUCACCAUCAUGGACAACGCUGGCCAGUCUGACUCAGCAGAGGUCACUAUCUUGGUCCUCACACCUGAACAGUCACACCACCACUGUCUGGUGCCCAAGAAGGUAGGACCAUGCCGUGGUUCAUUCAUUCGCUGGCACUACAAUGCGCUGACAGAGCAUUGUGAGAAGUUCACUUUUGGAGGCUGCAAUCCAAACCGCAAUAACUAUCUGUCCGAGGCGGAAUGCAUCCAAGCCUGCGAGAAAGUUUCAGUCAACACGUCUUCGUCAUCAGGAAGACAUGGCCGAAUUGAUCUUCCGAAUGAAAAGUGUGGGGCUUCAUGUGGACCAGAGACGUUUACUUGUGCUAAUGGAUGUUGCAUAGAUCAAGAACUUGAAUGUGAUCAGGAGAAGCAAUGCAGCGAUGGCUCAGAUGAAGAGCAGUGUGCCAACAUGGACACAGAGUUUCGUCGAUUGCUUGACAUAAACGAAGACGACAAGGGCAUUGCAGCCAGCCACUGCACACAACCUCCCGUCACAGGACCCUGCCGAGGCAGCAAUACCAUGUGGCACUACAACCCAUACGAGCAGAAAUGCAGCCGCUUCAACUACGGUGGUUGCCAGGGCAACGAUAACCAAUUUGAUACUGAGGAAAAGUGCAUGAAGUUUUGCAGUAAAGUCACUGAGAAAGAUGCUUUCGCCAAUCGGGCGAUCUUUGAGAAGCAGACAGAAGACAGUCAAUCAGUUUCCAUUGCCAUUGCUGUUGCACUAGGCUUGGCCAUCCUGAUCUUGCUGGCUGUGCUUGGUUACUGCUUCCUAAAGGACAAGAAGAAGAAGCAGUCAAGGCACCAGCACAUUUCUGCAAAUGGUACACACACACUUCAUAUGGACGACACUGAGAAACUUGUCUACAACAGCACCACAAAACCCAUCUGAUUCCCUCCUCCUUUGUCCAGCUACUGCAGACUGCAGUGCUUUUUCUGCUGUAAACCACCCAAAUCUGCUCGUUUAAGUGUUUAAGAAUUAUAGCGUGUAAUACAUUCACGAUUUACAAAAUAACAGAAUUACUGUAAAUAGCAUCUUUUUAAAUAUUUUUGCUAGACCUCUGUGAAGUAUAUAGGACAAUUUUUGACACCUUUUGAUUUCCUUAACUGAACCUUAUAAACAAGCAACAGACUAGUGCAUGUUUAUAUAUAUAUAUAUAUAUAUAUAUAUAUAUAUAUAUAUAUAUAUAUAUAUAUAUAUAUAAAAUACACACACACACACACACAUAUAUAUAUAUAUAGGUUUUAUAGUUUGAGAUGUUUACUUGAGAAUGGAUUAUAUAUAGUGGAUUAUCGCCCACUUCGGUCCUACUGACGAUUUGAAAGAAAUGCAAUAAUGUUUUACAUGAACGCAGACAAACAUCAAGUAAGAACCACCACUGGCAUAUUCAUCUACAGUAGUAAAUAAAAUAGCAACGUGUAAACACUUUCAAUAACAGGAAGAUUCAAAUGCUGGGAAAAUGUCAAAAAUGUGCAAUAAAUGAAGCUCCCAAGACUGGAAUUAAACAGAACGAAGCUCUACACCAAUACUGGAAAAACUCUGUUUAGAGUUGACCUUACGCUAACAGCAAAUUCGGACUAUCCGCUAACUGAGCCUUUCAGCUAGGAAAUCGGGGAAGACGUGAGCACGUGCAGGGAUGACUGAGACUGGAACCACUUUAUCUGAACUCAUACACAAGUACUCAACUCUUGUAAAACCUUGUGGAUGCUUUUAAAUGACUCCUUGAUUGUUUUUUUUAUUUUUUUAAUAGAUAAUUUUAUUUGGUAAUCCACUUGGUCUGAACAUGUUUCUUUUGAGGAGGUCAUAUAUAUAUUUUUUUGUUUGCUAACUAUAUUCUGGAAAUUAAAACUGUGUUUUGUUUUUUGUAUUUUCUGCAUUAUACUAUUCCUUAAUUAGCAUCUCACUACUCAGGGUUUAAAGUUCUAAUAUAAAUAUUCAGAUCUACUUCUAGACGAGAAUGGGUUCGUCGGACCUAGACUAAAACACGCAUCAAGAACGCAUAUAGAUUAAUGAUUGAAGAAAACAGUAAAACAUUUCCAUAAAUCAGAUUUUAAUAGUUUAAGCUAAAACAAUCAUAUGUGAAAAACUUGCUCACUUCUUUUUGUACAUAUCUAUAAAUAUAAGUUUGAAAUGUCUUCACCUGUUUUUAAAGCUUCAAUAAAAGACAUGAUGUAUAGUGUGA